AUGCCUGCAGAAAAAUUCGAAGCAUAUAGAACCUUCAUGAAGCAUGUUAAAGCCUUACAAGUUAAUAUGCCAUUUGUGGAAACAAUGCUCCAAACACCAAAAUACUUCAACUUGCUAAAAGGUCUUUUUGUUGCUAGGAAAGAUUUGGCUGAAGUCGCGGAGGUACUAUUGAGUGAGCUGCCCGAAAAGAAAGGCGAUCCGGGGAAUAUUAUAAUUCCGUGCCAGUUUGGUAAAGAAGUUGUCACCCAAGCAUUGACCGACUCGGGUGCAAGCAUCAAUCUGAUGCCUUUAUCUUUCUUUAAGAGGUUGAAUUUACUAGAGCCGAGACCGGUAAAUAUGAAGAUCCAUUUAGCAGACAAGACAAUAAUUCAUCCGCAAGGCGUUUGUGAGGAUCUCCUUAUUAAAGUAGACAAGUUUAUAUUUCCGGUAGACUUUGUGGUGGUUGACAUGGAAGAAGACCCCAAAAUUCCAAUCAUUUUGGGGAGAUCAUUUUUAAACACCGCAUGUGCCUUAAUUGAUGUAUGCGAGUCUACAUUAACAUUGAGGGUGGGUGAUGAGUCCAUAAUAUUUAAAGCUAUGCCAGAAGCCAAGCAAAAGGAGGAAAGAAAAGAAAACAUCUCACUGAUCCAUUUGGAUGAUGAGAUAUUACAAAAAGAACUUGAACUUUUGCAAAAAGAAGAUCCAACCAAGUUUCUGCUACAUUCUGGAGAGGAUGGAGAUGUUAACAAGGACUUCGAGGAGUUAGAAAAGCUACUGGAAGAAUCCGACUCAGAAAACAACCAAGAAAUGGAGAAGAAAUAG